AGGUGUAUUUGAUGUAAAACAAAAAACUUUAAAAGUUAAAGCAGAUUUAUUAUCUGAUUAUGAGACAUUAGAAAAACCAUUUGGUAAUACUAGAGGAAAUCCUCAUUUCAUUUAUUAUGUUGGAAGAGUUGAUUAUUUAGAAAAAUGGUUAUUGAAAGCUGAAAAUAAAUUUAAUGCAUUG